AUGGCGCUAUACGGAACCUCUGAUGCCCUGAUGUGCAGAGCGUUUCCCACCACUCUGAGAGGGCUGACCCACUCGUGGUAUGGCAGCUUGAAGGCCGAAACGAUUGCUUCCUUCGACCAGCUCGCCAAAGACUUCGAGCUCCAUUCCAUAGCCUAUGCACGGCCAAAGCCCUCCGCGGCACUGCUCCUCGGACUCAAACAAAGGGAGGACGAGCCCCUCUCACAUUUUGUGGAUCGCUUUGCCACGCAAAUCCGGGGCUUACCGGACACUCACCCUUCUCUGUUGGUGCAGGCGUUUAUAAUAGGCCUGCGACCUUCCAGAUUCCUCUGGUCCCUCGCGGAGUGA